UUGCUUGCUCGCAAUUAAAACGCGCGAGAACUCACUUAUCUAUCAAAUCCCAUUCAUCGUUUAGACUGUUGUUUUACAUCACGUACUUGCGAACUAUCAACCAUGCCGAAGCCCCCUAAUCCCCAACCUUUACUCCGGAGUGAGAUUAUUAAGAAGCCUAGAUAUUCCAUCUAUGGCAACCCCUUAAAUCGAGCUCAGACGCAAAGUCCUACUGUACCUAUAUCUUCGAAGAACCAAAACCAAGACAGUGGGGUCACGGACUACCUGAUUAAGAAAGGGUAUAAUCGUACGGAAGAAAUCUUCCGCCAGGAGGUGAAGGAUAUUAACGAGAACGGGAAGCCCCGUGAUAAUAUUGACGCAGUAGCGCCUAACAAGUUCCUUCCCGCGGGAAAAUACCUGAAGUCGUUCAAACAUUUUGCGAGAUGGGUUGAUAAUGGAGUCGAUCUCUACAAGUUUGAGCUAGGCAAGAUACUUUGGCCACUCUUUAUCUACUCCUAUCUUCGCUUGGUUAGCCAAGGCUCCUAUUCUCAUGCACAAGAACUUUUGGAGCAGUUACGCGGCCGUUUCGAAAAGACACAUCCAGACGAGUUAAAAAGCUUGUCUACUAUUACCCUUUCCAUGCAUGUUCGAGAGAACGCGUUCGCCAAGGCCUAUCUAGAGAAUCAGUACGUUAUUCCAAUCAGCAAGUCCUUAACGGGACAUUUAUUCCACUUCUUGGAGCGGGAGUUGGAACAAUGUGGAGCCGUAGUCCUCGAUAUUAUACAACAGCAUUGCCGUGUCGAUUCCGUUGACCGGGGCCCUAUCGAGCCGUUUAGCUUCGAAGCUAUUUACCGCCGCGCUCGGCACCAGGAACUCGAUGAGGUCGACAUCCAAGAGGGUAUCCCAGGUAUCUCGAGCCGUAGUGGACUUGCCAACCGCAACAUCCUUGACAAUACUGCUGCUUUAAAGCUUGGACCACUUCCAAUAGACCCUGAUCUCCGAAGCGAUGUGGUUGCUGAGUUGGAAGAAGAGGAUAGGCUUCGCCCGCCUCGAGAGGGGCUACCCACAUUGGUGGAAGAAUUCAACUCUAUGCAUCCGAUUAAGAGAGAAUCGGGUGAUUCUCCACAACGAACAGACAUCCCAUACCCCCCGUCCAGAGCACGAGACGUCGUUAUGGAAAUGCAGAAAGUCCGAGAGAACCGAGACCGGUUCAGAAUUGAAGGCCGUACCGGCGGUGUAGGCCCAGGCGUUUCCGUUUGCAUGUUUACGUUUCACAAUCAUCUUGGGAGCAUUUCAUGCAUGGAUUUCUCGAAAGACCAAGAACUUGUAGCGGUAGGAACGACAGAAUCGUAUAUCCGCGUAUGGUCUCUUGACGGCAAAGCUUUGAAGUCUCGGCUAGCGCCCGAGAAGGACAUAAAAGUCAAUAACCGCAAGUUGAUUGGCCAUUCUGCUCCUGUCUAUUCUGUGGCGUUUUCAGACGCUGUAGCCAACUUAGACCGUAACAUUUACGAAGGCUCGCCUCAACCUGAGACAGACACUAAACUUCUUCUUUCCUGUUCAGCCGACGGCCAAGUACGGCUGUGGUCUCUCGAAGUCUGGACCUGCCUCUGUAUCUACAGAGGUCAUGACGGCCCGGUAUUCUCGCUCUCAUGGAGUCCACAUGGUCAUUACUUCGUGACCGGUGGUUGGGAUAAAACCGUCCGAGUUUGGUCACAGGACCACGCAUCAGCACAGCGCCUCCUUAUCGGCCAUGACACAGCCAUUUCAGCCGUGGCAUGGCAUCCCAAUGGCACAUACGUGUUCUCAGCCUCUGACGAAACAGACAAAUCGAUCCGCAUGUGGUCUGUGGUUAGUGGUAACUGCGUCCGUAUAUUCACAGGCCAUACCGAAUACAUAUCAGCGAUGGAAUGUGCCCCUAACGGCAAGAUCCUUGCCUCAGCCGAUAUCGGUGGAAAUAUCUUCUUGUGGGAUAUAGAUAAGGCAACUCGAAUUAAGCGUUGCCGCGGCCACGGACGUGGUGGUAUUUGGUCACUCAGCUUUAGUGUUGAGAGCAACGUGCUCGUAUCUGGUGGACAGGAUAACACCGUGCGUGUUUGGGAUGUCGAGAUGCCAGCUGAAGGUAAUCGCCCGGCAAACCAGCAGGAGGGUGAUAACACAAUUGUGGCGACAGGUGGACAAGCCGACAGCAAACAGGGCGGGCAGACAACGCAACCUGCCGGUGGUACAACCAGUGGUACAAGCAAGAGGAAAGGCAAGGAUGUCAUGAUUACACCGGACCAGAUCAGCGCAUUUCCGACAAAGAAAACACCCGUCAUAAAGGUUCAAUUCACACGUAUGAAUCUCGUAUUAGCCGGUGGGUGCUACUAUCCCGAGACUCAGGAUACAGCCCGAUAAUCUCGAUACGUCUACGCCUUGUCUGAUGGGAAUUCGAACUUAGUAUUCCAAAGUUGACGGAUUAUUCCCUACAUUUCAAGGCACACAUUCAAUAUACCAGCUGUCUGACUGGUUAACAAGAUAUGAAGCUUGUUCUCUUGACACUGCGUUACCAAGCACAGUUUAAUAGUAAAGAAUUUGCAUUUUAUACCAGUUCGUG